AUAGCGUAAUCGCGGAGUAGUAGCCACCCUAAGGCUAGACUAGGCCAAAUCAAAAGACCAUACUACACUUCCCACUUUUCAUCUGCAGAGGGAGGCGGAUAUGACGUUGAAAAAGCGGAAGUCGAGGGAGAGAGAUGCGGGAGUUGGAAAGUUCUUUUCUGCUUAUUCGCUCUCUCCCAAGCCGGCUGAGUUGCUGGGGCGCGUAAGAGCGGAGGAAGUCUGAUCCCGCCAGCUCGCCGUCGUAAGCGUGGCGGCCAUCUUGUGCGGGAGGCGAUCGGUGCGCGGUCCGGUGGUGGAAGCGAAGGACGGAGGCGGCUGCGCUUCCCCACUCCUUGCCGUCUCCUUCUCUAGCAGCAGCUGCAGGGGGUGCUAUGUCCGCCGAGAGCCCGGAGCCCGCCUCGGCCGAGGAGCAGAAGGAAAUGGAAGAUAAGGUGAUCAGUCCAGAAAAAGUUGAAGAAGCAAAGUUGAAAGCAAGAUAUCCUCAUCUAGGCCAAAAGCCUGGGGGUUCAGAUUUCUUGAGGAAGAGGCUUCAGAAAGGACAAAAAUACUUUGAUUCUGGUGAUUACAACAUGGCUAAAGCAAAAAUGAAGAACAAGCAACUCCCUACCGCAGCUCCUGACAAGACAGAAGUGACUGGUGAUCACAUUCCCACUCCACAGGAUCUUCCUCAGCGGAAACCAUCUCUUGUUGCCAGCAAGCUGGCUGGCUGACUAGAAUGGCUGAACUGCAUGAAUCUUCUCAUUCCUAUUUUCUCCUGAAUAGUUAUUCCUCACUUUUUGUUUUCUCUCUCUCUUUUCCCCCACCCCCCUACACUAAAUCAUUGAGACUGACAGCUUUGCAGGUAGUGGUAGCAUAUGCUGCUAUUGUAAGGGAGUACUGUUGAGAGUAAAAUGUGUAGUACUUGGACUAGUUGAGAACAAUGCACUGAUAAAAAGGACAGGUUUGGUUAGAGCAAUGUAAAGUAAUCUACUUGAAAAUGUACAUAUUGCCUAUUUCCUAGUGUAGGACUGGUUUCAGCAAGUGACAUAGCAAGUUUUACAAUUUUUAAUGUUUCUGCUUUCCUUAUUUCACCUUAAUUGCAGCAUAGUAUGUUUGUAUUUAAUAUAACUACCUGUUGUGUUGCUUUUUCUUCUGUGUUUGACUUCUGCUUUGUUCUCUAAAUUAGAGGUUUAGACCACAAGUUGCUAGGAGGUAAAGCAUGUAUAAAAACAAAAUCGGGGCUUUGAAUGAAUUUGUGUAUCUGCUCUUGAACUUGAAUGGCCUUAAACCUGUCUCAGCUUUAACAAUAGACUUUUACUUGGGCAAUAUUUGCCCAUUCUCAUGUAACUCUUGUGAACCUAGUACUUAUUUACAACUGCCUGUUGAAGCUGGUAUUCUUUUCAGUUCUGUAGUGUAGAACACACUUUUGUUGAAGAUGUGAAUGAAGUGUGCAUGUGCAUAGACUGUUGAAUUCACUCUUGUGCCAUUUUUGUAAAUACAGUAGUUUUGCACAACCUUUUGCAAUUGUCUAUUAAUUUUACAUUUUAAGAAGCAGAAUGUGCCAACCAGAAGCACAAGUGAUUCUGUACCUUUGAAAGUCUCAGCCUGAAAUUAUGUGCUCAGAAUCUUGCUGCUGAACGUAACAAACUUGUGUACCCAGGAUUCAUGAAACACUUACUAUAGACACUUGAUUGAGUUGGUCUUAACCUUAUGCUUUUGAAGCUGUAUUUUUUUGUGUGUGUGUAACAACCUCUAAUGUUCAUAUAUGGUAAUCUGAAUUAUGUACCUAUAGGCAUUCAAAGGCAGGUACCCAUUCUGUUGAGUAUCUUUAAAAUCUAUAGCUUUUAAAGUUGAAAUGCUUUGUGGGAUAUUUGGAAUAUAGAGAAAUCAAUGUAUGAAAACCUAUACUGUCCUUGAGGGGUUCAACCAGAUGACAGCCUUCAAAGCUACUAGGUGUUACUAAGAAAUUGGACAGGUAUUAAUGAAUUUGGAAUAUUUAACAUUUUUAAUUGAAAGGAUAUGAAAUCUUGUUUUGCUGAACGCUUAAGGUGAUGUUAUAAUAUAUCGACUUCUUAGUUCUGUGUGUUGCACAACAAACCCUAACUGGUUUUGAUCAACACCAAGAAUAGAAACUUAUACACUGUGAUCUAUUGUUUAACACAAGAUGUGUCUAUUGAUAGAUAAUGUUGUAGUUUCAUUUCAGUAAAUAAGGAUAAAUUUCACUUUCUUUGUAGACAAUGCAGGUCAUAUGGGGACCUAAAUUGCUAGAUACAGCAGGUAACACUUGGAAGCUACCAAAAUAUACAUGUAAUUACAUAAUAUCGGAAAGCUAGCUGAGCAUGGGCACAAUAUGAAUCAGAACUUGCUCUUUUAGCUGGAUCAGGUAUUAGUUAAUGUAGCGCUUGCUCUAUAAUGCUUAUUAAAAACCAAUUAACAAAAAGGCUGUAAGUUCCCCUUUUGAAAGGAGGAGUUCAGAAUUUUGCCUCCCUCCCCCACAAAAAUCACCUCUCCAAGAAGACAAGAGUCUUGGAUAGCUUGCUUUUGUAAUUCACUUCUUCAAGGAAAACUGCAACACAAUUCCUUUGUAUAAACCCAACCCAAUUACAAGCAUGCAUGAAAGAAUAUUCUAAUUACAAUGUGCAUUUAAAAAAUCUUCUGUAUUGUAUCAUCCAAAAAAAAAAAACCCCAACUUGUGGGGGAAAUGACCAUUGAAGAAAAAUUAGACUAAUCUUUCUUCUUUUCAGUGCCCCAUCCCAAAGACUGACUGACAAGGUCAGAAAACAAACAAGGAAAAACUUAGUUAAGCUUAACUCAGAUCUAUUUGACCAUGCACUAUGGCCAAAGGGCCUGAUUGUUUCCAUAGGCACUGAGCACCUGCAGCUCUCAUUGACUUCACCCAUUUUGAAAAUUCUGGUCUCUUUUCAUAAAAGAAGUAGUGGUAGAUAUGUUAAUUGUGUAUGGUAGGUUUAGAUGAUUUAAAGGUAAUGGUACAGGUUUAAUUUGCAUAAUCUUGUCAGUUUAUUUGACCCUCCCCCAUUGUGGUCAAAGGAGGACACUCAUCCCAGAGAAUUUCGAAAUCUCAAAGAAAUCUGUUCCUUCUUACAUGUCUUUCAUAGGUCUUUUUGCUAGUAAUUCGUUAAGGAUAUGCUAAUUACAGUCCACUUUUUCCUUACUUCCAUUAAGUUAAUAACAAAUUUUUCAUGGGAACCAGACUGAAUAAACAGUAAAAUUAUGCUCUGUUUCCAUAAGUAAAAGGUUAAUCUGGAAAAGGAGAACAGUCUUAUCAAAUCAUAAGUGUAUACCACAAUAGCAAGGAAAUAUGGAGAUAUAUAUAUAUAGAGAGAGAGAGAGAGAGAGAGAGAGAGAGAGAGAUAAACUGCUUUUUAUAGCUGUCUGUCCUAAUGUGAAAAUCCUUCCUUAUUUUUGUAUGUAUGACUGAAAGCAAGUG